AUGGAAGCCGAGGUAUCAGUGCAAGAGGAUCGUCCUGCCUGUCGCGCUUGUCGAAAGCGGAAACUCCGCUGCUCGCGCGAGGUCCCGCUCUGCGCGCAUUGUCGGAGGAUUGGGACGACGUGUGAGUAUGAUGGGGAAAGAGAGAAGCCAGGUCUUAAGGCUGGAGCUGUCGAGGCACUGAGGAGACGGGUUGAGACACUGGAGGAUGCGGUGUUCCACCAGGAACGGCCGCAAGAGCACAGACCGGUGUCUGAUAGCAGUGCAGUGGCUACUGCGCUGCGAGAGGGCAUAGAGAUACUCCUGGGACAGCUGCAGCAGCCUCAUGCCCGUAAACGACCAUGCGAGGACUCGGUGGGUGAUGUACCGCGUUCACCAUCUAACAAGCGGAGACGGGGCAACGAUACACUAAUUGAGCCGGAUGAGUUCUCCGAUCUUUCAUCGAGUCUACCUCCUCCAGCUGUGAUAGAAGCCGUGGUUGAUUCAUACUUCGCCCUUGUACAGCCGUGGAUUCCGAUCUUCCACGAAAAGAGAUUCCGGCGGCGGCUGAGGAGCGCUGACAACUCCCGCCUGGAGGUUGUGCUGCAUGCGAUGGUGGUUGCGAUGCUCAAGCAUGUCGACCAAUCUGUGCUUCCGGCAGAUCUCAAAGAUAUCGAAGCUGUCUGUGAACGAUCCCGGAAGAUUGUUGUCCUGACAGCAAUGGAUGAUCUCUACGUGGAGAACUUGCAGGCAUUGAUUAUCAUCUGCUUUGAGGAUAUUGGAUCCGGGAGAGUCUCGCGAGCGUGGCCGAUCAUCGGUUCCCUAACGAGAACGGUCGAGUACCUCCAAUUAAGCGUCGAGUCCGAGAACCACGAUACAGGACGAGUAUUGCAGCCUCGACCUUCCCUCCCCGUGGCUGCAGACUGGGUGGAGGAGGAAGAACGACGGCGGGUUUUCUGGACUGUUUUCAACUUAGACCGAUUCUGCUCGGUGACUACAGGGUGGAACACAAGCCUCACCUCCAACGACGUCCACCGUCGCCUCCCCGCAGACGGCGGCCUCUGGCACAACGAAGAACCCGUCACAACGCCCUUCUUUGGGAUCUGGGACCGCUCCGCCGGUAAGAUCGGCACUCUCAUUGCCUUCCUACCUACCGACAAGCCGUCCCCCACCGCGCAAGUCGACAUGUCAACCGUAGGCGCCUUCGCCUACCGCGUGGAAGCCACCGAGUCACUCAGCCGCGUAACGACCUUCUUCCUCCAGCAACGGAUAAACCACCGCGACCGCCAGGAGAUGGGAAGCUGGCUGAUGCGGUUCAAGGAGCUGGAUCUCCGGCUGGUCAGCUGGAAGAUGUUCCUCCCGCAGAAAUGGAAGGACACGAAUAUCUCGCGGCAGCCGACGGUCGUGACGAUGGAUCCGAACCUGACGCUGGCGCAUAUCACGCACAACACGUCGAUGAUCCUGCUGCAUCAGCGGAUUGCGUAUCCGCCGCCGGAGUGGUUGGAGGUGGUGAAAUUGCCGACUCUGUCCAGCGCAGAGACUUGCGAGGCGGCCGCGGCCGAGACAGCGAAUAUCACGGAGAAGUAUCUAGGGAAUUGUCCGCGGGAGGGAGUCGUGGAUAGCCAAUUUGCGUUUUGUGUCUUUGUCAGUGCGAGGGUUCUACUUGUGCAUUGGCGAUACUAUGGCACGCCCUUGUCGCCAGAUUACUGGACUCUGAUGAAAUGCCUCGAUGCCAUGGCAUCACGGUGGUCCGGCCGUGUACAGCCGAGUCGUCAGAACUCAGCAGCCAGGUACUUUGGCCAGCUGAAUGCCAUCCACCGGGCGUGCCAAAGCGACGAGAACUUUAAGCUGGAUGUCCUCGGAUACUCCAACGAGAUUGAAUGGACGGGAGAUAGCCAAAACGCAACAGGAUUACCUCCAGUUGCCUUCCCUGAUCUACCACCCGGGAUUCCAGUCGAUGCGCCGCCUCUGCUACAGUCUAGUCCGGCGAGGAUGAGCUACAACACAGGCAGCCCGGACGAAUUGACGACGGUGACAUCGAUCCUGUUAGACCAGCAGUACUCGGAGAUGGACCGGAUCAUCAGUUUAAACAAUGCGUAUUUCGCAUCAGAUGUAGCCUAUAGUACUUGA